AGGCCGUUCCUGAGACACGACUUAGUUUCCCCGUAUGUUGUUCUGUUGUGCAAUACACCAUUCGUCAGGCUCUCGUGUGCUGGUAUGAACAAUUCUGGGACAGAGCACCCCGGUUGGCCGCGCGAUCUUUAUAAGCCGAUAGGCAUGGUGGAGCUCAAGGAGAUCACCGAUCGAUUACCAAGGUGUACGAAGUGUGGACAAUACCUUCCAUCUCUAAGCCUCUAUCGAAGUGUUGAACUUUUUCCUCCCCCCCCUGAUUCAGCUUACGCCCGUGCCCGCCAUGUUUGGCUGUGAUAGAAUCAUGUCCGGAGCAACCGGGCCCGAAGGUGAUUCACUAAUAGUACAUUCAGUGCACUGCAGAUUCCAGGUGAUGGGUAUCUCCGUUGGUUUUUUUUUUGUUCCUCCCUAGCACCGUAUG